UGUAAGUCUUUCUUAUCAUUCGUUCAUCAAUUUAGAUUAUAGAACCGGGAAACACAUAUUAUUAGCGUAUCCAAAAUGGGCUAGAUGAGCGGGCCGGCCCAUUUGUUAAACUGAGAAAACGAUUAGGGUUUCCGUCUCUCUGACUUUAAUAACAAAAAAACGCGGCGCCGGUGAGCUAGAGCGAGAGAGCUUGAGGGAAAAAAAAAAAGUUGGAGAAGAUGAAGACGAUUCUUUCUUCGGAGACGAUGGACAUUCCCGACGGCGUUAGCAUCAAGGUUCACGCUAAAGUGAUUGAAGUGGAAGGACCUCGCGGCAAACUCGUUCGCGAUUUCAAGCAUCUAAACCUCGAUUUCCAGCUUACCAAGGACGAAGAGACUGGAAAACGGAAGCUUAAGAUCGAUUCGUGGUUCGGUUCGCGCAAAAGCAGCGCCUCCAUCAGAACCGCUCUGAGCCACGUCGAUAACCUCAUCUCCGGUGUCACCAGAGGUUUCCGAUACAAGAUGAGGUUCGUGUACGCCCAUUUUCCCAUUAACGCCUCCAUCGGCGGCGACAACAGGUCCAUCGAGAUCCGUAACUUCCUCGGUGAGAAGAAGGUGAGGAAGGUAGAUAUGUUGGAUGGUGUAACCAUUGUUCGAUCUGAGAAAGUGAAGGAUGAGAUUGUUCUUGAUGGAAACGAUAUCGAGCUUGUCUCGAGGUCAUGCGCUUUGAUCAACCAGAAAUGUCACGUGAAGAAGAAGGAUAUCAGGAAGUUCCUUGACGGUAUCUAUGUUAGCGAGAAGAGCAAGAUCGUUGAAGAGGAAUAGACCUAACUAUUCUCAUAGCUCUCCACUUUCUUGUUUCCUUUUGGAUGUUUUGUUUUGUAUUACAAACCAAAUCCAAAUCCAAAUCCAACGGUGUUGCAAAACUAGACUUAUCACUUGUUAUGUUUUUGUUCGAGAUUUUCAUUUACUUAUUAUAUGCACAAGUUUUGGAGGCUACAAUCUUUUACCCUUUUCAUUCGGACGAUUAUCGAAUUGAUACACAAGUCUCGCUCAGGUCAUUAUCAACCUCCCACGGUGCUACACCGAAACCUGUAACAGAGUUAAUUGUCA